AUGACGCCGGCAACUAUCAUCAAGUUGCCAGCGGCUCGGUUAGCGGGGUCUUCCAGCCCUAACGGUCCAACCCGCUAUGGACUGAGCCUCCUCUCCACCCAUUCCAGCAACCACAGCGAGCUGCUGGACGUGGAGCUAGGAGAUCCAGGUGCAACAGCAGCAGGCCGCGGCGCGCCGGCGGAAGGUGCGCGUGGCGUUCUCCAGCUCGUCGCUGACCAAGUCGCCGCUGGCACAAGACGGCUUCUGCGCUCCAAGGAGAAGGCCGCGCGCGGCGGAGCCCGUCUCGAUGGUGUCAACGUCGCCCGAGCUCCUGGUUCCCGCCAGUGCCGUGAGGGUGUCCAUGCUGUAGCAGGAGAAUCCCAGACGCGGACAAGAAGAAUGCAAAACGAGGACACCAAGCCCGAGGAUAAGGACAGUGAUUCAGUGGUGGGGAAGAUGCAGAUCAAGUCUCACCGCACCCCCAAGCUCUUCAUCAAGGUCAGCACGUUCCGGGGACCCCCGUGCGGCACUCCGUGCACCGGUUACGUGAAGGAGAAGCGCAAGUCGGACACUUGA